AUGUCUGACAACUCAAGUGAUAACGACUCUACCAACGACCAAGAUCAGUUACCAGCCGAAUCAAUAACCAAGGAAAUCGAUGAUCUAAUUGCCGAGAAAAAUUCUGACUUUAGUGAAAGCGAAAACACAGACCACCUAAGCGAUAGCUCUGAAGACGAGACUAGUGAUGAAGAUGAAGAAGAUGACGAAGAAGACGACAUUGAUGGAUACUUUUCCGAAGAAUUAAACAUUAAACCCAAUAGUCGUGCACGGGUCAGAUUUAAUGCGCAAAGUAGUCAAUCUCGAAGAACAGCUGGGCUUUCUAGAAACCAAGGCACUCCAGAAUAUGAUAGCUCUGAAGACGAAAUCGAUGACGCAGAUAGAAUUGUUCAUAACUCGUCCGGAUCCUCUUACGACGAAUAUGAACUUAGCCAAGAAGAAGAGCCUUAUUACCUCAGAUAUAGAUCUGAGAAUAGCGAUGAAGAGGAAUCAUCAAAUAUUGAAGAUGAGCAACGACAAACAAGACAGCAACAACCCUCCCAUACCGAACAAAUAGAUGAGCCAGACAAAGAAGAUGAUUUUGGAAUUGACAAUAUUAGUCAGAAAAUGAGAGAACUUUUUACUUCGGAUGAAGAAUCUUCGGAUUACCCUACAGAUGUAUCUUUGGAAGUUGACAAUUUCAACGAUAGCGAAGGUGAUUUAAAUGAUGAAAACCAUACUAAAAAGAAAAAAAAACCACCAGGUCAACUUGUGUCUUCAAUCAACGAAGGCGGAAGAGUUUUCCUUAAUUUGGCCCAAAAGGAAUAUGAGGCACACAACCUUAAAGAUGCUGUUUUGCUCAUUGAAGAAGCCAUUCUCGAAGACCCCCGCUCACGAUUACCUUACAUUCUCUUGGACGUUAUCCACACAGACAUGAGAAAUCCAGAAGCCGCAUUAAAUGCAAAGAUUUUGGCGGCAACUGCAGGCAGUAUUUUCCCCGAUGACUGGGAAGAUGUCGCAUAUAGAAGUAUGGAGCUCGGUCUUUACUCUCAAGCAAUCACUUUUUACCAGCGUGCAAUUAGUCUUAACCCUAAUGAACCAUCAUACCGCCUUAAGCUUGCUGAGGCUUAUACAAUCACUGGAAAUAAGCGCCGUGCUAUCUCUACUAUGAAGCGACUCCAUAUGCGCUACCCAGCUAACCCUACAUAUACUAGUGAGCUUGCCAAGCUAUACCUCGACAGUAAUCUGGUCCAGUCUGCUGUUUCCCUUUAUGAAGAAAUUUUUCUCGCAAACAUGCAGCAGUCUACGCUCGAUGUUUCUAAAGUGCAACCAUUUGGGUGGUCAGAGCUUAACGUUCUUUGUGAACUCUAUGACAAGCAGGAAGUCUGGGCCAAGGGUAUCCGUACAAUCAAGCGUGUUGCUCGUUGGCUGCUUGACCGUGCGGAUGAAGUCUGGUGGACCGAGAUCAAAGAUGAUAGUGAAUUUGAUUCUCGUAGAACUAAAGCCAAAGGGUUCAACAAGAGUAGGUUCCGUGAGGACGAGUCCCGGUUCACUCUACCACUGGAUAUCCGAUGUAAACUUUUAAUGUUCCGUCUGGAAAUGAAUGAUAUGGAUGAGGCUCUUAUUCAUGCUCAAUUUCUUUUUGAAGCUGAUCGCGAUGUUUAUCCCGAUUUGAUUUGGGAGGCUGGUACUCGCUUCAUGAAAUUUCAUAAAUACGAUACAGUUUUAGAGCUUUUCCUCAUGUUAAUUGACGAAAACACAGAUAUUCCCAGUGAGCUUUUAAUUGCAAUUUCAAAGUGUGAAAUGGAACUUGAUCGCUGGGAAAGUGCACGCGAACAUCUUGAAAUGAUUAUUGAGUCUGAUCCUAAUAAUAUCGAGGCUCUUGUCAAUAUAGCCGAAGUGUGCUAUGCUAUGGAUGAUGUCAAAGCUGCAAAGGGAUAUGUUGCAGAGCUUCAACAGCAAAUGCGUGAGCAAAAAUUAAACAAAACUAGUACUUCAUCUCAAGAGAAACAGCAGUCGUCAACUUCUUCUAGUUCAGCUUUGAUUGAACAGAUUAUCAGACCGAGGAAAUCUAACCGUGUCCUUGAUGUCAGAGAAAGAAGAGAACUUAAGAAGAAACUAGAAUCGGAAGCUGUACAAUUAUACAAUGAGCUCCAGUACUACUGGGAGUCCAUCAUGGAAAACGAAGAUAUAACUGCCAUUGUGCGCUGGCAACAGAUUGCGUAUCAACUCAUUGCUCAAGUUCUUUCAGUCCGAGCAUUUACUCUUGGAAAAAAGGUUCGACUUAACCUUAAUAUUGAAGAAGAAGACGACCAAGACAUGGAGAAACGGCUCAACCUUCUUACAGACAAGCUUAUUCAAAACGAUAUUGAAAAUGGGGAGAAUGAAGAUUCUGAUGAUGAAAAUGUGGAAGAUAAAGAGGAUGGAGACGAAGAAACAGAAAUCAAAAUAAAGACGGAGGAUGAAGAUACUCAGACAUCAAAGUUCAAGUCAUACCACAAUAUAAAGUUUAGAGGCCUAACGAUACCUCAAUGGUUUUCUAUUUUUAUGCAGUUAGCCAUAUUCCUUUCCGUUUAUAACGAAGACCCAUCUGAAUCUUUCAAAAUUCUUGAUGCAGCUCGCGGAAUCAAGGUUUUGCGCGAAGACGACCGUCUACAAACACUCAACAUUGUUCACCUGGCUUGCACUUACCAUGCGGAAAUCCCCAAGUCUACGGUAGAGAUUAUCCGUUACUUUUCGCUUGGUCUUGUUUAUUGCAACGAUGUGUACCGUCUUCAUCAUGCUGUUUUAGGGGUUGGCCAAAAAAGUUAUGAUAUUUUCAAGUCACAGGCAGUACAAAAAUAUUAUUACCGUCGUAUCAAGCUUCUCGAGUCGCAGCAUAAAUCUAUGGACAAGCCUCUUUCUCCGAUCCCAUACUUUUUGAUCGGAUGCAUCUACAUUGCUAACCGAUCUUAUGCAGUUGCCCUGGACUAUCUUUAUAGAGCUUUGGACUUGGCGCCUAAUAACCCGCUCCUGUUUCUUGUGAUUGGAAUAUCACAUAUUUUGCGAUCUCUUAAUCGUCUAUCGACUAACCGUCACAUUCAAAUUUUACAAGGAUUUUCUUAUAUGAAGAAGUAUCUAAAUGCUCGGAAACAGGAUGGCGAACAGUACAUCAUCGACCUAAAAGAGCAACGAUCUAUAGCUGAGGAAACUAGACCAAAUCAUGAUAAAAUACCACCUGUUGACAAUGUUAAUUGGGAAGAACAAGAAGCUUGCUACAACAUUGGCCGCUCAUUUCAUGCACUUGGAUUGCAAACUGAGGCCGCUCUAUGGUACGAAAAGGCCUUGACAGAAUAUCCUGAUGUUGUUCCGGAUGAGGAAUCCCUUGUGGAUCAACACGAGGAAACCAAAGCUGAAGUUAAUCCCAGGGCCGCAACUUUUUCUUUGAAACCAAACACUGCAUAUAACUUAGUCCAUCUUUAUAGCAUGAGCGGGAACUUAAAGCUUGCGAGAGAUAUCACAGAUAAGUACCUUGUCAUCUAA